GUCUUGUCGUUCAGUGGCCCACUCUCUCCGCUCCACCCACCUCGGCCUCGCGCAGCCCUCACAGGCCCAUAUGAUCCGUGACUCCUAUCAGACAGACGUCACGAUCAGAAAUAAUCACCUUUCACGGAGUGAAGCAGAUAAAAAUCAGAGUUUUGGACCAGCUCCAAGUGGUGUAUCUCGUUAGUUGCGCUUCAGAGACUGCUCGUUCACAGCGCGAAAUUCCUAGUACCGUCCCUAAUAGUCAGUGAUUUCUAUUCCUCCGACGCAUUGUCCAGCACCUCCCUAGCCCAGCAACGCCUCUUCACGCACUCGCCGCCAUGAGUUGCAACGGCUGUCGCGUGUUACGAAAGGGCUGCAGCGAAACCUGCGUCAUUCGCCACUGCCUCGCGGGGAUCGACGGCGCGGAGCCGCAGGGCCACGCAACGCUCUUCCUGGCGAAAUUCUUCGGGCGCGCGGGCCUCAUGGGCUUCAUCGCGGGAGUGGAGGAGACCCAGCGGCCCGCGCUCUUCCAGUCGUUGCUCUUCGAAGCGUGCGGUCGCACCAUCAAUCCCGUCUUCGGCGCUGCGGGUCUGCUCUGGACGGGCCAGUGGCACCUCUGCGAGGCCGCAGUCGACGCCGUGCUUCGCGGAGGGUCGAUAAAGCCGACAUCCGACGCUUCCUCUCCAGCCGCCGCCACUCUCGCGACCAAUCCUCCUCCAUGUUCCCAACUCCCCCCUCUCACCCCCCGCCCAGUCGCACCCCCCUGCGCUGUCCCAGCUCCCACCGUAAUGGCGCCAGCAGGGCCAGCCAUGAUGGUCGGAAGUUCCGCCGCGCCUUCCGCAUUCCCGUCUUCCGUGUUUCCCGGCGCCGCGCCAUUCUUCCCCAGCGCGAUGAGCGUCCUGAGGCCGCGUGGCGGACUGCCCGUGACGGCGACCGUGCUCCCCGCCUUACCUGGCGCUGGCAGUGUGAGUCCGCCGUUAUUCGGCGGAUUCGCCGCCAACUACGCUCCGCAACACUUGAUGCAGCAACAGCAGCAGCAGCAGCAGCAGUACAUGCAACUUCAGCACCAGCAACAACUGCAGCAACAACUGCAGCAGCAGCAGCAGCAGCAGCAGCAGAUGGCGCAUCUACACAGCUUGUACUCCCCACAAAGCCUCUACCCUCCUACCGCUACCGUCUCCCUGCCAGCCACUGCCGCUGCCACCAUGUCUGCCGGCCAGCCAAUGGUCGCGCCUAGUCAGAUGCUCCCCUAUUGGCCGGCUGCCCACGUGUCUGCAGGCCCCACAUCCGCCUUCCCCAGCACGGCGCCAGGCGGAGUAAUGAUGAUUGCAACUCCCCCGCCGCCUGCUCAGCUGACUGGAAUGUCCAUGGGUGGCUUGCAGCCAAUGGCGUUCGGACAAGUGGCAGUUGGGAGCGUGCAGAGCCAGCAAUUGCAGGGCAAUCCAGGGCAGGCCGUGGCUGCACAGCCGACAAGUGCUGCACAGAAGCAACAGCAACAGCUACAGCAACAGCAGCAGCAGCAGCAACAACUGCAGAAGCAACAGCAGGCAGAUAGCGAGCGGCAGCAGCGUCUGAGGCCGUGCACACCACCUGCUGUGCCAGCAGCAAUGGACUCAGCCAAAGCACUCGCAGCAGCGCCGGGCGGCGCACGAGUGGCACCAGAGCGCACUGAGAGUCCUGCCAGCUGUCUGUCUCCUAUGUACAGUGCAGUCAGUGGGGCGAGACUGAGUGGCCUGAGCGGCUCCAAGAGCUUCCGAGGCCCAGAAGACAGCAGCACGCUGCUGCUGGCACCAGUGGCCCGCCGCCCCAAGCUGCUGCACGCCCCAACAUCAGCCUCGCCGCAAUUUGUCUCUCCGAACCUGCAGGUCCGGCCAGACCUUGCCGUGGGAAGCUGCAGUGUCCCAGGGGCAAGAGCUGGAUCCGAGUCGUUGGAGUCGCACGCGACUGUGGAGGCGCCCGAGUUGGGCGCACCAGCCUCGUUUCCGACACCCAGUGCUGCAGGCAGUCCGUACCUUUCCCUCUGCAGCCAUGGCAGCCAAGCGGGCAAGUUGCAUGAGCAGCAGAGCAGCAUGCUCUACUCCGUCCAUCAGAGUGCCCACAGCCAGCAGAGCUCUCCUGGUGCGCUGCUCCAGUUGCUCUCAUGAGCUGCAUGGGUGUGCGCAUCCGCUGGCUAGGUGGGUGUGCCCUAAGGCACAUGCUGCGGCAUCCGCUUCUGAUUUUUGGCAUGUGGUGGUAGUUGGCCUGUCAUUUUGCCAUCCUAUGGAUGGAGUGUGUCUAGCUUGUAUUCCAUGACUUGCGCAUGUAACUGUUACGAGGGAAAGUGGCGAGAGAAAAAAAGAAUCGACUAGGAGAGAGAGAGAGAGGUACAAGAAGUGGGUUGUCCUCUUUACAGUAGGAUCCAGUCAUUUGUAGAACACCUACCAAGUGUUGGAAAUAUCUCAAGGAC